UGAGAAGGAAAGGGCGGCCGCCGUAGCCCAAUCGGCUGCAACAACACAAAGCCCGGCGCACCUAAAACACUGACGCUACGCCGAGGCCUUUCCGGGUUUUUCCACGCUUCGCCCCUACUCCUGAGAACCAGGGCCUGCGGGGGAGCCGGAAGGGACCUUCCAAACAGGAACAGAAAUGAAUAGAAGCAGCUGGCAGCGUAAGAAGAAACAUGGGAGAAGCCGACACCCACGCAAUCCUUGGCUGAGACAACAGGAGUUGAACGAGAGGGUGCACCAGGGGACCCUGGAGAGCCCACCAGACCCUGGCCCCGAUGAUGCCGCAUCCCCAUCCACCUCGUCCACCUCGUCCACCUCGUCCACCUCGUCCACCUCGGCUGGGAGUUCUGUGCCAGAGCUGCCAGGGUUUUACUACGACCCUGAAAAGAACCGCUACUUCCGCCUGCUCCCAGGACAUAACAAUUGCAACCCCCUCACAAUGGAGGGCAUCCGCCAGAAGGAAAUGGAGAGCAGACGGCUGCAGCUGCUCCAGGAAGACGACAAGCAGGAAAAGAAAGUACCCAGAAAGGGAUUCAAUACAUCUUCCUUCCUACAAAAACGCCAGCUGGGUUUUCUCAGUGUCACCAGUUACUGCCGUUUGGCCCACGAGCUGCGACUGAGCUGCAUGCAGAGGAAGAAGGUCCACAUCCGCAGCUCGGAUCCCUCUGCUUUGGCGAGCGACCGAUUUAACCUCAUCCUGGCGGAUACCAAUAGUAGCCGGCUCUUCACUGUUAAUGACGUCAGAGUCGGAGGCUCCAAGUAUGGCAUCAUCAGCCUGCGCGGUCUGAAGAUGCCCACGCUGCAGGUGCACAUGCACGAAAACCUCUACUUCACCAACCGUAAGGUGAACUCCGUGUGCUGGGCCUCGCUCAAUCACCUGGAUUCCCACAUCCUGCUCUGCCUCAUGGGGCUUGCGGAGACUCCGGGCUGUGCCACGCUACUCCCGGCGUCACUGUUUGUCAGCAGUCACCCAGGGGAGCGGCCUGGCAUGCUGUGCAGUUUCCGCAUCCCUGGCGCUUGGUCCUGCGCGUGGUCCCUGAACAUCCAGGCAAACAACUGCUUCAGUACCGGCUUGUCUCGGCGGGUCCUGCUGACCAACGUGGUGACGGGGCACCGGCAGUCGUACGGAACCAACAGUGACGUCCUGGCGCAGCAGUUUGCUCUCCUGGCUCCCGUGCUCUACAAUGGCUGUCGUUCCGGGGAGGUGUUUGGCAUUGAUGUGCGAUGUCCUGGUCAAGGCAGUGGCUGGAAGGCCACCCGUCUGUUCCACGACUCGGCCGUGACCUCAGUGCAGAUCCUCCAGGAAGAGCAGUGCCUGAUGGCGUCAGACAUGGCUGGAAAGAUCAAGCUGUGGGACCUGAGGACCACCAAGUGUCUGAGGGAGUACAAAGGCCACGUGAACGAGUAUGCCUACCUGCCCCUGCACGUGCAUGAGGAGGAGGAAAUCGUGGUGGCAGUGGGCCAGGACUGCUACACAAGGAUCUGGAGCCUGCACGAUGGCCAGCUGCUCAGAACCAUACCCUCCCCGUACCCCACCUCCAAGGCCGACAUUCCCAGCGUGGCCUUCUCCUCCCGCCUCGGGGGCUUCCGCGGGGCGCCGGGGCUGCUCAUGGCCGUCGGGCAGGACCUCUACUGCUUCUCCUACAGCUAGCCCAGCAGCACGCAGCCCGGAGGACCUUGGACUUGACUGAAAGAGUAAAGAGUGCUUUGCUUCCACUUCUGCUGAGGGUGUUGUAUGUGACGCUGGGUGAAUCUGGAUCCCGUCCGCGCCUCUGCUAGGGCGCGGUGCUAAGUGUCUUGCGUGGAGACGGUUCCAUGAGGAUAUUUCCGUUAAACUCGGGGCUCAGUGAGCUUGGAAGUCCUUUUCAUAAAAGGUACUUGUUCCCUUUUCUUGUUGGAUUCCUUAGAAUAGUUCCCCUCACCAUCUUUUGCUUGUUUUAACAGAAAAAAAAAAAAGACUUUUUUUUUCUAAGAACUGAAGCUUGACAAAAGCUAAAUUAAAAGACCCUUCUUUGACCAAGGAA